AUGUUUCGAUAUGGGAAAAACAUUAUUAAGUGGCUUCAGUGGAAGAGUCGAAAUGGAUUUAUGAAUAAUUUUACCGGAAAAUUGAUGGAAUCAGAGGGGUUAUACGAUUUGUAUACCUUUUGGUUUGAUGGAAAGCGGGAGUGCGAUACAAAUGGAAGUUGUAAUGUCCGUUGGCUUGAUUACUACACCAAGAGUCUCGAUGCUUUGAACACCUCCACCAAUUAUCAUGAAUCAAAAGGUACAGAAGAUUGUUUUUCUGUCUUCUAUAUGGAAGAAGCACCUUCAAAAACUAUAACUAACGUUUACUGCGAUUGCGUUGAUACGCUAUAA